AUGAAAAAUGAUAAAGAGUUCUCUAUAAAGGAAACAGUUAAUAAAAACAUUGAACGUGUUUAGUUUCCUGCCUUCAAUUAACAUAGUAGUCUAUUAGGUUGGUGCUCAAUGAAUUACCCUCGUGUUCUAUAGAAUCCUUAAUUUAUGCCUAAGCCUAAACCUAAAGAAUAUGAUGAUAAUCUUGAUUUCCUAUAUUAGAAACGUAAGAAAGUAUUACAAUCUCAAAAUUAAAAUAGGAAUAAUAAAAUAAUCAACUAAUUAAACCAUUUACGAAUUAUCAGUUAACUAAAGAAGCUGUAAUUCCAGAAGAUAUAGGGGCUCCUCCUCCAGGAUUUAAAAAGACACUCAAAUAAUUAACUACUGCUAAACCUGAAUCUAAGGCAUUAAUAUACAACUAGACUUAUAAAGACUAUGAUCCAUAUUUGAAUAUUAAACCAAUCAAUAGCUAAUUCAAAUAAGAAUAGAAUGAAAACUUUACAAGAAAUAUUCGAUAAGUAGGUGAUGUUGUGUAUAAUUAAUCAUAUGAAAAUGAAGAUAUUAGACACUUAAAGGUAUUUCAAAUAAAUGAUUAUUUAGAAAUUGCCAAAUUCAAUAUUAUCUGAGUAAAAUCUUUAAGAAGCUUUAAAUCCUAAAUUAAAGUUUCUAAAUUUACAUAAUCACACUUGGCUGAAAAUGGAAUAAAUAAGUAAAAUUGGAUACUUUGCUGUUAAUCUUGAAGAAAUAAUAUUAUCUAAUACAGAUUUAGAGGAUGAUAUAUUAAUGGAAUUAGCAAAAUCAUGUAAAAAUUUAAAAGUCAUUGAUGUUUCUUCAUGUCAUAAAUUAACUGAAACUGGUAUAAGGAAUUUCCUAGAUUAUACUUCUAAAUAUUUAUAAGGUUUUAGAUGUGCUAGUAAUUUAUAAUCAAUAACUGAUUAUUCAUUAGAACCAUUAUAAAAUGCUCCUUUUUUAUAAAAAGUAAAUAUUUCAUUUUGUAACAAUUUAACAAGUAACUUUACAAAAUAUCUUCUUUAAAGUGGAUGUAAAUUAAAAGAACUUUAAAUAGCAACAGUUGAAAAUCUUUAAUCAGAUUUAUUAUCUGAUCUUAUAUCACGUUCAAAAGCAGAUAUGGAGUAUUUAGAUUUAUCCUUUAUUCCUACAAAAGAUAUUAAUGAUUCAGUCAUAUCAGCAACCUCACUUUGUUCAAAUGUUCAUACACUUAUUCUUUCAGGAUCAACUAAUGUUAGUGAUUCUUCAGUAGGUAGAUUGAGCUCUUUACAUAAAUUAAAAUAACUUAAAUUAGGUGGUAUUCAGUAUCUUGCUGACAAUACUUUAAUCUAUAUUGCUUAAUCAUGUAGUAAACUUGAAAUGUUAGAAUUAAAUAAUUGUAGUAAAUUAGGAGAAUAAGGAUUAGAAGGAAUACUUAAAGUAUUAUUCAUUUAUAUUAUGUUUAGGCAUUACCAAAUCUAUAAGUUAUUUCAAUUAACUUUACUCCUGAAAUUUCUGAUCCAUUUUUAUUAGAAAAAAGAAAUGAAUAUCCUAAAGUUAAUAUUAUUCGUACCAUCAAUAAAAUGACUGAUCCUAAAGAUGAUGGAUUAAGAAUGCCACUUCCUUUAGAAAGUGUUGUAAUGUAAAGACCAAAAAAGAAAAAGAAGAAGUGA